AUGCGUCACUCAGCAGUCAUCGUCAGCGCCCUGGCUAUGCUUGCGUCCCCGGCGCUUGCCUUGCCAGCUGGCAACGAAAUCCUUGCUCGUGAUGCUGCGAAGCAGUACCUCCACGUUACGUCCGAUGUCCUGGACAAGCGUGAUCCGGAGGCAGCGAAGCAAUAA